CCUCGGGAAGGCGGCGGGCUGCUCCAGCCCUCGGCGUCGCGGGCGCCAUGGUAGGUGGCGAGGCUGCCGCCGCGGUGGAAGAGCUGGUGUCGGGCGUGCGGCAGGCGGCCGACUUCGCGGAGCAGUUCCGCUCCUACUCCGAGAGCGAGAAGCAAUGGAAAGCCCGCAUGGAAUUCAUCCUGCGCCACCUGCCCGACUACCGCGACCCGCCCGACGGCGGCGGCCGCCUGGACCAGCUGCUGUCUCUGUCCAUGGUGUGGGCCAACCACCUCUUCCUGGGCUGCAGUUACAAUAAAGACCUUUUAGACAAGGUGAUGGAAAUGGCUGAUGGGAUUGAAGUGGAAGACCUGCCACAGUUCACUACAAGAAGUGAAUUAAUGAAAAAGCAUCAAAGCUAAGACGGAAGAUUAACGUAGUGUCAUCAUGAGCUGCAGGCUUACAAAGGAGGCUGGGACAAGUGUGACACUGACCACAGAGCUCUGGAGACUGCUGGGACUGCCAACAGAAAGAGGCAGGUGGAAUGACAGGGAGCCUGUCUCAGCUGGCUUUUUCCAAGUCCUCGCCCUUUGAGUAGCUGUCACUGUAACAGUGUGCAUGGAUAUUUAUGUAUUUAUAGAUCAUGCCGUCUGAGGUGAACUCAACAACAUUGUACGAGCCCUCUUUCCUGUUGUUUUAUAAAUGCCAAACUUUUUGUUUAAAAUGCUCUUUUUAAAUAUAUUAAUGUAAUAAUGGCAGGUAA